AAGCAACCUAAUCAUGUCCAAUUUUUCAUAAAAAAUGCUUUCGAACACAAAAUUUAGAAGUACCAUAGAACACUUUUACUAAAAAGUUGCACAAGGAGUUAUGUCCUUGUCGUCAUCGCUAUCUGACUUUAACAGCCCCUCGUUUAUAAAAGAAUAUGUUAAUAAUGUCACUGUAUACUGGUAUGAUGAAGAUUUUGCACAAAGUCGAUAUCCACCAGGACAAAAAAUCAGUCAAGCAUGUACCCUGAUUUGUCUUCUUGUUGCACAACGAAUAUCUGAAGCAGGAUUUUUCAUACGUGAUAUAGAAUCAAAUCCUGAAAUUAGUAAUUACAUAGCCAAGGCUAUGAUAGAAGGUAAUGCUACUCAUGCACGGAUUGUUAAAAAUGGAUUAGUUGCUCACCCAUAUCUCAGUAUAGAGGAAGCAUUAAGACAUGGUGGCAAUAAAUUAAUUAUAAUGAAAGAAUGGACCUUUCAAGUGUUUCAUGAAAGAAUUGAGAGAGGCUUAUAUAAAAAUAUAAGUAACUUUUUACACAAAUGGUAUGCAUCUCCAAAAUCCAAUAACUUAUUCAUGUUUCUAAUUACAUGUGGCCGUACAGUAUUAUUCAUAUUUCAAGAAAAUACUAAUAUUGUAACAUUUUUUGAUUCCCACAAUCAUCAAAUGAAUACAAGGCCAACUAGAGGAUUAGUUCUUGCGCAGGUAAAUCUUCAUAGAAAAAUAAAUUUUUAAUGUUAAAAUAUUUUACAAAUUAAUAAUUAAAAAAUAAUGUAGACAUCUAUAGACAAAUUAAAAUAUCUAUGCAAGUGGUAUAUCGAAGAUAUAUUAAAUCAAUGUUAUAAUAUGAAAUCGGAGCAGUAUG